UGCAGGCUGGAAGUGGCAAUUGUCACUGAAGCUGAAGGCUUUGUUGUUGUGCUGUGCAGCUGGGGGAGAACAGUUCUGUGCUGUGGGACAGCCUUGCCCUCAUCUCCAGCACAGCUGCUCUCUCCCAGCUGCUCCCUGGACCCUCCUGCACAGGCUGGAUGCAGAGGCAGCUGCUCAGGAUCGUGUAUUUUGGGAAACCUCAAAAAGGCUGGAAACAGUGGGCUAGAGAAGGAAAUAAAGGAUAGUUAAACACUGAGCUCAUCAGUGUAGGACCUGAGAAAGCCAGGCACUAAAAUCACCACAGAAAUAGAGCCUAUUACAGUCAAAGAUUAUAUUUUACAGAAGACUGUAUUUUUACCCUUUAUACAGUCCCCUGAAAUUAUUAUCCAUAGGUUAAUCCCGUGUCACAACUGACACGGGUCUGACUCUCUUUGAGAAUGUGCAAGAAUGGCUUUUUAUCAUGAAACAGGAGAGAGAGAGAGAGAGGAAAUGGUCAGAAUACAUUUAAUAUGUAUAGAAAACAGAAAAGGAAUUUCAACAUUGUAGUUACAAAAUCCAGUAUGUUCUUUUAGUAUUAGUUUUUAUUGUUUAGAAAAGCUAUUUCCCAGCAAGAAAGCCCCUCUCUGCACCUGUGUGCCCUGGCAGAGAAAGGGCAGCUGCCCACAAUCAAAACUUACCUUGCAAUAUCUUGCUUUGCAAAACCUUGGACCUUUUCCUCCAGAUGCCUUUUCCUGAACUAGAAACGUGAAUUGGUAGUGAAUCCAGUAAAGCCAUCACUCUGGAUCGCUACUGUCCCUUUGUCUUUUUACUAAAAAAACAUCCUCAGUGUAGGGCUCCUCAUGCCGCUGCUCCUGGGACCGGUGUCGCUGUAAAUCAUAAAUAUUUGGAUGUACUCCUGGUCCCGGGGCGAGAGUGGCAGCGCGUUAAGUCUCAAAAAAAGGUCCCGGUGAAAGGGGGGAAGAAAUAUUUCAACGUCGCAUCACCCGGAGCAAGAGAGCAGCACAGGAGUCGGCCGCGCUUCCACCUCACGGAGCGGCAGAGCAGCCGGGAGCUCGGGGCUGGGAUCCCCUCUCCUCCCUCAGCCCCGGUGCCGCCAGCCCGGGGGACCAGCGCUGUCCCUGCCCCGGGCUGAGAGCGGGAGAGCGAAGGCGCUGCCUUGCCGGGGAGUUGAGGAGCCCGGGGCGGGCAGCCCUCCGUGCUCUCACCCCGCCUCGCAGCCCCCUCUCCUCUUGCUGUCUCGCACCUUUGACCCAGCCAGGGACAAAACCCUGAGUGCCCUGGCUCAGCUGGCACGUGUCCCACCUCCGAGGCGCUCUCCAGGUGCCCUCCUGCCUGUUCCCCCCAAAAACCGCCCCCCUCGGGCUAUGCUGUUUCUGUUUUAAAGCACCCUCUCGGGGCUGUUGGGUUUUAUGUCGCGGUUGUGGUUUGUCACGUCUUAGAGCUCAGGUGUGUGGAUUGCGGUUCACAGAAGGAUGCGGGUUUGCUUCUGACCUUGCCACACAAAAAUAGCUGCACGUUUCUUCCUAAAUUAACACGCGGAGCAGCUGUUCGCCUCCACAGAAAUUAGUGACGCUCCGUGAGCAGUGGAAUAGGCAUCCCCUCUUCCAUAUAGGUAUCCCAGCCUCUCCGGCAGGGACGGGCGGCGUAACCCCGGGGCGAGGGCGUCCCGGCCCCGCUUCCAGCGCCGGCCCUGCCGGGGAGCGCUCGGGGGCGAGCCCGGCUCCGCUCAGUCCCCGGGGGAUCCCCGGCCGCCCCUCCGCCGGGGCGGGUGCGGCGGGGCCCGGCGCCGGAGGGGGGAUUCCCUUCCUGCCUCCUCCCCGCCCGGCUGCGCGUACGCCCCGUCCCUCGGCGUGGGCGCUCCAUCAGCUCCGCCGGCAUCUCCCCUCCUGCUCCUCCUCCUCCCCGCACACCCACACACUUUCCCCGUCCCUCCUCCCCGCCACUCCGCAGCAGAGUGCUUUUGCAGCCUGUGCGGCUCCUGAGAAAGGAGGUGUGCGGCUUUUCUCCCCCCUCCUUUUUAUUUUCAAUUUAUUUUUUUUCUUUUCUCCGGAGCGGACCUUUCGGGAGAGCAGCUGCAGCAGCCGCGGCCACGCCGGGACUGAGCAGGGAGGAUGGCCGGGGGGCUUCUCCCGGGGCUGCUUUUCGUCUUGCACGCCGCGGCUCGGCUGGCCGCGGAGCAAGAAGUUGAAAACCUUUCCGGGCUCUCCCCUAACCCCGAGAAGGACAUCUUCGUGGUGCGGGAAAAUCGGACGACAUGUCUCAUGGCCGAAUUCGCCGCCAAGUUCAUCGUCCCCUACGACGUGUGGGCCAGCAAUUAUGUGGAUCUGAUCACGGAGCAAGCCGAUAUCCCGCUGCCGCGGGGCGCCGAGAUGAAGGGCAAGUGCGGCACGAACGAGUCGGAGCUGGAGCUCUCCUGGCUGGACCAAGCGUACACCCUCAAACUCUCCUUCCUGAAGGAGGGGCACAACACGUCCCGGGGGCCGGAGGCAUCCUGGAGGCUCAGCCGGAUCCAGUUCACCUACGACAGCUCCGAGAGCACCUACUUCAAGGAUGCCGUCAGCCCCGGCAAGUACACGGCCAGCUCGCACCGCCUCUCGGCCCUGGUGACCCCCGCCGGGCGCUCCUAUGAGUGCCAGGCGCAGCAGACCAUCUCCCUCGUCUCCACCGACCACCAGAAGUCCGUGCAGCUCCUGCUGUCCGAAGUGCGGCUCCAGCCCUUUGACAUCCCCGCUGAUUUUGUCUUCAGUGAAGAACACAAGUGCCCGGUGGACCAGAGGGAGCAGCUGGAAGAAACCCUGCCCCUGAUCCUGGGGCUGAUCCUGGGGCUGGUUAUCGUGAUCACGCUCGGCAUUUACCACAUCCACCACAAGCUGACGGCCAGCCAGGUGCAGAUCCCUCGGGAUAGAUCUCAGUACAAACACAUGGGAUAGGGAGCAGCACUGAGCAAGCCGGGCAUUGAUCAGGUAGAAAAAGCAAAAGCACUUUUUUCUGUGGGCGAGGAAAGGUUCUGGGGGGGCAGAGGGAUGGUAUUCACAGCACCUAAUCCUGAGUAUUUCAUGGAGACACUCAGGCUAAGGCUGGCUUUAACACAGACUCUGUAAGGAGACUCGGUAUCUGUAGGUGGUUUGAAUACCUUCUUUAAGCAGCUGGGCUGAUCAUCUGGAAACAGAAAUGCUUCACAUGUCAGAGUUUCACACUGGGGGCACAAUUAGCUUUCUUGGGUUUUUUUUUCCCCUUUUUCCCAUCUCAAGAUUCUUACCUCCCCCUGCAUCACCUUUGGAGGAUUCAGCCCUCCACGUUCCUGUCCAUGCAGGAAGCAGGGAUGGGAGACAGAGCCAUUGCACAGGGUUCAUUCAGGCCCUCCAAUGAAGGGACUCAAAGCACAUCUCUAAGUUUGCACUCAUGUUAAGAAAAGCUUGAUGAAAAUGCAGGUGUGCUUAAGGGGAAAAAAAAUUAAAAAUUCAAGGUCAGUUACUCCAGUGGAGCAGAUCACAGCUGACCCCACGCUUGAGAUUGAGUGAAGAAAGUUUGUUUUUGCUUCUUGAGCCACAUCUGAACUAAACUUAGAAAAACAAAAAAAGUAAAAAAAAAAAAAAAGAAAAAGAAAAAAAAAGUAUUGAUACACAAAUUAUAAAGUGCCGUGCUACUGCAAGUCAACUGAGAAAUGCUUCUGGCUGGGCAUCCUGCACGUAUUGUGAUUGUGAUUGAGAUGUUACAUUGCUACCUGCAACUGAUAAUUUUCACACCAAAAAAAAAAGAUAAAAAGAAAACAGUAAUGUUAAAGUUACUAUGCAGAUUAUUCAGGUAUAAUCUAAUGUAACAGAAAAAAACAUAAGGGAACCCUUGAAAUCUAUCCUUAAAUGUAGACAAUUUUUAAAAUUAAUUAAAACAUGUACAUAUAUAAUGCUUGAUUUGCCUUCUUAAUGUGAAAUGAUGUAAUCUUUGUACCCACUCCAUGAUAGCAAUGGAAUUGGAACACAAAUACAUCAUCUGGGUGGAUGUCACA